AUGAGUGCCUCCUUCAUUGAAGGCGCAGCUAGCGACUCCAUUGAGAGCGCAGCACAACGGGUCGCCAGCCACAUAGAGAACACUAUCGACACAGCUGAUAUUUACAAUAAAUUGACUCAAAAUGGAGCGUCUCCAGUUUCUGGUCUUGGAGACCGAUUCUACACCAGAGGUGGUCUCGAAUUCGUCCUAAAACGGCGUGUUCCAUUACCUGAAGAGCUGUCUUAUCAAAUUAGAAGUAUGCGUUCGCAAUUCAGUAUGGGUUUGUUUCCUGAAAUCUCAAGAGCAUGGGUUGUCAUCGAUAGUGAUAUUUUCAUGUGGAACUAUGAAACGAAUGACGAUCUUGCCUAUUUUGAUGCGGUUGAGACCACGGUUUUGAAGAUAGCUUUAGUUCGCGUGAAGUCCGAUGUGUUUGCAUCGCCAAUAACGCACGGUCUGGUUGUGGGAACAGUAACAGAUCUUUCACUUUACCCUGUUAUUAUGGAUGUUGAUCCAAUUAAUCUUGAUAGUGCUUCUCUGAAUGACAUUGUUUCGACUAAUGAUGGCAGAAUAUUUUUUACUGCUGAUGAUAAGCUUUACGAAUUUGUGUAUGAGCACAAUACCGGUUGGUUUGGAGGUGGUAGGAAGUGCCGUGUAGUCAAUCAGUCAGUCACGCUACUCAGCACCCUUAUACCAUUUUUGGGACCUGGAAGUGAGGAACUAGAGCAGAUCGCUUUGGACAAGUCACGAAACAUUUUAUAUUGCUUAGGAAAAAAUGGCUCCAUUCAGGUUUUCGACCUUGGUGUGGACGGUGCCCAGUGUAGCAGGGUUUGUGUCGUAACGGCUGGGCAAAUUGCUAGUGAGGCCCAUUUAAUGACUCAGUAUGGACAUGAGGAGACUACAUUCACGAACAUCGCGACUAUUUGCGCUCUUGAAGCUGAUCAAUCUAAUCAGCUGAACCUGAUAGCAAUAACGACGAAGGGUGUUCGGAUAUAUUUCUCUGUAUUAGCUCGGAGUGUGGCGAAUUCUAAUCAGCAAGGACAGUAUCUAUCUCAGAUGACGUAUAAGAGCCUUUCCCAGCAAGAAGUUCGACCGCAAUGUCUUCGAGUAGCCCAUGUGAGAUUCUCCCCUGGUGUUGCUCCAACAUCUAUCUAUCGUGACACUCCACAAGGAGUUUCAAUUGCUUACGCCGAUCAAAGCAUCUGUGUGAUGGCAACGGCCAAUCGCCAGCUGAUCUGGGCUUUGUCUGAUCUUUAUCACCCACAUAAGCAUGUGUACUGUGAAUCAAUGAAUGACCUACAAGUCGCUGGAAAUGUGUGGGCUAUUACUCCCGUUUCAAAAAAGGCACUCCACUAUCAACCUCCUGAGCCCGGCAUGAUUGCAAGAGUCCAACCUCAUGCGUUUUACAGACAAUCAACUGAGAUGAACCAGCGCUUGAUUAUUUGCUCGAAUGAGGGAAUUCAUGAGUUCGACUACGUCACUCCACGUGACGCUUUGAGGGAAGCGCUAUUUGACGGUGGGGCCGAGGGAAGAGCCACAGUACAGUUAUGGCAACAGUUCGGUGCAACCGAAGUGCUCGUAUUAGCUCUUUCUGUGCUAACCAGCGACCUAGCUGUGGAUGAACGGAUCAAGGAGAAGGCUGCAUCGAUGUUCUACAGCUUCAAAGAUACUCCUGAACUUGUAGAUGUUGAGCAAACUCGUGGAUUAGAUAGUUGGUCACCUGGGGACAGUAUAGCCGAGUGGAAGCAUAAAAUGCGAUCGCCACUGCAAGCAUCAACUCCCCGUUUCGAAAGUUAUCCUCCUCCAGCGGUCUCUUCACCGUUCUCUCCAACAAUGAACAAGCCUUUGGCUAGUGGAGGACAAGGCUAUGCGCACUCUCCAAGUCGUCGUCAUGAUGCACUAUACUACUAUUUCUCACGUCUCGUUACUCCAAUUUGGAAUCAUGCAAUUUGUAGAGUGACGAAUGGAGUUCUUACUACGUCGUUGAGUUCGGAAGAAAUGGAUUGGCUGUCCAAUGAACUUCGGAAACUGGGUCAAGUAAUGGAGAAGUAUAAUCUUUUGCCGAAGCCAGACGUUACGUGGAACAAUAGUACAGUUGGGAAAAUGAAUGUUCAAGCCUCAAGUAUGGAGCGGCAAUCACUCAUCGCUCUUCGGAAGCUUAUUGAAUCUUCUGCUGAGGUUCUUUCGUUGUGGUCAUCUGCGAAUUCAUUCGACUUGAGGGCGAUUUCUGCAAGUAUGGACCCAGCUAUGCUCCCCACUCUAGCCGGCCGUCCAUUCUGCCAUCUCGUAUGCGACGGUCAGCAUCUCAAUGGAGAUCUCAUCAGAACGAUGAUAAAGUACUUCCUUGGUGACGAAGCUGGGACAAAAGAGCUCUCAGAGCGGCUCAGGGCGCUGUGUCCAAACUUGUAUUCAAAAGAUGACGCGUGUGUGACGAAUGCAAUGGAACAGCUGAAACUGGCAUCUGUAGCAAACUCAGGAGCUGCUCGGAGGAGUCUCGUGGACAAAGCAUGCGAGCUAUUUCGCCAGUCUAUUGGAAAGGUUUCGCUCCCCGUUGUGUGCCGGAGUUUGGCUGAAUUGAAUGCCUUCGAGCAUCUAGCGGACUUAUGUUUGCUGAAAGCGAAGCGAGAUGACCCUAAACAACUGGCCCUUAUCGCUUACCGUCAUGGUCGCAGCGGAGAAGAUCGUGAAAUGCAGGCUGCCGAAAAACGACGAGCGGAAAGUUACAAGUGCAUUACGGAUACUUUGGACGAUCUCGAAGUGACUGCAUCUAAAUCAUCUCCGACAUCGGCUGAAAGUGCUGUGAAUAGCGAUCUGAUCAUCUCAUGUGUUGUGUCAAGUGACGACGAAUUGGCCCAUGCUGCUCUAUUUCGAUGGAUGCUGGACAGGAACAAAGCAAAUAUGAUUCUUCAAAGCAAAUCACCUUACGUGGAGCAGUUUCUUACUCAUGAAAUCAGCUCCGGACGUGGACAGCGAUACUUGGAUUUGUUAUGGCGGUUUUACGAGAAGACAGGACACUACGACAAAGCAGCCAUCCUACUUAGCCGAUUGGCAGAUAACGAGAAUGAUGAGAUUUCAUUGUCACAACGGUUUGCCUACUUAUCGCACGCCAUAAUAUGUGCCCAAGCAGCGACAGAUGCAAAAACGAAGUCGAUGAUACAGGACCUUCGAGACAAAGUGGAGGUGGCUCAUAUCCAAAUGGCUAUAAAGGAUUGUGUGGAUCUGCAAACGCCAAGUCAACAAAAUCUUGUUAAACUGCUUGAUGGCCCUAUUCUUCCGCUACAUGAUCUAUUGCAGAAGUUUGCUAGUCCACUCGGGUUGUACAAGGUACAACUGGCAAUAUUCCAUUGCGCAAAUCUUUACAGUGAAGAGCCAAUAAUGGCUGUAUGGGAAAACAUAUUGCAAUCAGAAUUCAAGUAUGAUGGUGAAGUUCCCGAGCGAUUAUUAUGCACGUUGCAUGACUUGCAUUCCAUUUACGGGCAAACAAAAUAUUUCCCCCAGAACUUUAUUUUGCGGCGAUUGCUCGAGCUUGGUUCGGGUAUGACCGGGCGAUUAAAACGAGGUGUACUGCCAGCAAGUUUCUAUGUAUCUCUGAUUUCUAAACUAGACCUCAACCUAAUUGAAUUCAUCGAACUCCUUUCAUCGGAAUACAGAGCGGGUGAUCCCUGGUGGACGCAAAAUGAAAAUGGUCAACGAUACAUAAUGGAAGUUGGCAUAGCUGUUGUUCAAUCAUUCCUCGAGAACGGAAUAAAGUACACACCUAAUGAGAGAGCGAAAAUUGCGAGCAUUUGUGACUCGUGUGUGUCGAUGUUUUCAUUGGACGCUAGAGCGGUCUCGUCGUCUCAUCUUCUUCAGCUCGAUCGUCACUUCUCAUCUUUACACCUCCGACUUUCUGCCAUGUCAUCAUAG